CACCCCACACCAUCACUGACGCAACACACUUUCAAGUGUCGCAGAACGUCUCUCCUAGCAGCAAAUCAACAAGCAGUUUUUGUUGUUGACCGAUAGAAGGAACGAGCUAGCAGGAAGUUAGCAAUCAAGCAAUUAAAAAAAGUUUAUACAGGUCUGCAGAUUGCUUGAAGUUUAUGGCAUAAAUAUGAAAGACGGCAAGGAAAAUACUCGUCAGAGGGAGAAAAGGAUGGAGAUAAAAUGCGAAAACAUUGAAAACAUGGAGAAGCCAAAGCAGGAGAAGAAAGAAGUAAUGACGAAGAUCAUUAUCCGACGUCUGCCUCCAAGCAUAACCAAGGAGGAACUGGAGGAGCAAUUGCAGCCACUUCCAGAAGUGGACUACUUAGAAUUUUUCUCCAAUGACAGCAGCAUGUACCCCCAUGUCUUCGCCAGAGCAUACAUCAACUUCAAGAUUCAGGAAGAUAUUGUACUUUUCAGAGACCGGUUUGAUGGAUAUGUGUUCGUUGAUAAUGGAGGGCAGGAGUAUCCAGCCAUUGUUGAAUUUGCUCCUUUUCAAAAGAUUGCCAAAAGAAGGAGUAAGAAAAAGGAUGCUAAAAGUGGAACAAUAGAUGAAGAUGCUGAUUACAAGAAAUUCCUGGAGAUUUAUAAUGGCGACGAUGAAAAGUUUACAUCCACCCCUGAGACUCUACUGGAGGAAAUAGAGGCUAAAACAAAGGAACUAGUAGCUAAGAAAAUGACUCCCCUCUUGGACUUCUUAAAGAACAAACAGAGAAUCCGUGAGGAAAAGAAAGAGGAAAGGAGGAGACGAGAACUCGAACGUAAGCGCCUGAGGGACGAGGAACGUCGGAGGUGGAGGGAGGAGGACAGGAGAAAGCGCAAAGAAGCAGAGAAGUUCAAGAAAGGAGACAAACCUUCCGAGAAGGAUAAAGACCAAGCGAAGGAGGUGCCAAAAAUCAAGCUCUUGAGAAAACCAGACAGAGGAGAUGAUGUGGAGAAGUUAAAGAAACCUGAGAAGGACAAGAUGAAAGACGACAGAGCUCCAGGGUGUCCUGAUAUGACGAAACGCCAGAACUUCGAAACCAGGGGGGACAGGGUAUCACGGAAAGCUGAUGAAGAUGGACACAAAGACUUCAGAGAGCGUGACCUAGAAAGGGACAGAAACCGCGAACGAGACAAAGAGAGGGAGCGGCGACAGAAAGAGAAGGAGCGCAUCAGACGCCAAGACGAGGAUAGGCGAAGGAGGAGGGAAAGGCACGAUGGAGAGAACUCCUACAGAAAGCAAGAGGAAGAAGGGAAAAGGGAGAAAGAAGAUCGUGUCUGGGAAAAGAGAAGGGGCGAGAAUGCCGGGGACUCCGCAAGCCAUACUGAUAAGCCUAAAAAGUCAGAAGAAACCCUGAGGGAGGAGAAAGCUAAAAGAGAUUGUUUAAGAAACAAGGAUCGGCCUGCCAUUCAGCUAUACCAGCCAGGUGCCAGGAACCGAGGAGGAGAAUCUCAUGCUGGGGAGCGAAAGUCAGAGCGAGACCAAGAGAAGGGAGUUGAAGGAUAAAAAAAUUACCAUAAAUAAAGAAUGAUCAAACGAUUGAGAGGAAUCUGCUCUGAGCCAAGCAAACGGGUACCAGAGAGGCUGUUGCAGUAGUGCUUCUCCUGCAGAGCCACAUCCCGUCCUCCCACUCCCAACCAGAGGACGGGAUGUGACCAUGGUGUCCCCCCUUAGUGCCUGAAGGUGUCUCUUUUAAUUUUGUUUAUGGAGAAAAGCAAUGGAAAGUUGGCGCUUUAAUGUUUGCAGGAGUAUGGCUAUGGGGCGGCAGGUAGCCUAGGGGUUAGAGCGUUGGACUUGUAACCGAAAGGUUGUAAGAUUGAAUCACAGAGCUGACAAGGUAGAAAUCUGUUGUUCUGACCCUGAACAAGGCAGUUAACCCACUGUUCCUAGGCAGUCAUUGAAAAUAAGAUUUUCUUAUUAACUGACUUGCCUAGUUAAAUAAAGAUAAACUAAAAUGAGACAAAGCCAACGCUCUAGGACCACAUGAAUUUAAAGUUACCUUACUACAGUAUUGGUACACAGUCUGCUACACAGUUGUGAAGCACAGUUUGUAUAUUGAAUAGGCUUUCACCCUCAUUAGUUCAUACGUUUAAAAAAAUAAAUAAUAAUCAUAUACAAUAUGUUAUUUAAUUUAUCAACAGUGUAGGAGUCUACUGGUUUAAACAUAUCCUGUUGCUUCUUUCAAAAACUAGGCAUAUUUUAGGUUUGUACACGUAGAAAUUUGUUUUCUAUUUCCCCAACAAGUCCUUAAUACUCUGUACGGGUAAAAACAAUAUUAAGCUAUGUUAUUUCACUCAUUCAACAAUUCAGGGGAAUUUAAAAGCCAUUUAAUUUAUAAAUAUAGAACUGUGAGCUAUGCUUUGACUUGAGGCUGCACGCAACCCCUAAUGGGUGACUAUUAAGUUGUGGCCUUCUACGUCGUACGCAUAUACAUCUUCAUACAUAAACAAUGCUACAGUAACAUUCUAAUUGGAAUAAUAAUAUAUAUAUAUAUAUAUAUUUAUACUCUCAUUUGUUUCAUGAUUGAUGUAGCCUCGCUAAACAAGAGUUACAAAUGAGCACAAUAAAGAAAAUAUUGUUC